AUGGCAGGCUGGCGCCAAGCCAACGAGGGCGACAUCCCAGGCAUUCUUCUUGUGGCCAACGAGGUUCACGCGGACUUACCUGAAGGCGACUCAGUGUUUGAGGAGCGCCUCCGACUUUUCCCAGAGGGUUGUUUGGUCCUUGCCGAUGGCGGCGACAUCUUCGGCUACGCUCUGUCCCACCCCAUACGACGAGGUCAGCCACCAGCAUUAGACAGCUUGCUAGGGUUAAUCACGCCCAGCGCGGACCAAUUCUACAUCCACGAUUUGGCUAUCCUCCGUGCCUGGCGCGGGAGAGGGCUUGCGGCCUUGUGCGUCGAAAGACUGCUCGCGCUGGGCAGGCGUUACACGACGACGUCCCUCAUAUCCGUCUACAACACGGGCGCCUUCUGGGGCCGCUUCGGCUUUUUGCCUGAGCCGGUUGACACGGCGCUGAGGGAGAAGCUGCUAGAAUACCUCCGACGCUAG